AAAAGGAGAUACAUAUAUGGGUUGUGUAAAGAAGCAUCCUCGUCCACAGGUGUCGUUAUCAAGAUGUUAUUUCCAGUUUUCGUGCUCAUCUGUUUUUAUCAGAAUCAAUCGGAUCAAGAAGAACAUCUCCCCAACUAUAAGAGAAUUGAAGCACUCAACCAAAUGAUUUUGAAAGUGAAGUGGACACCAUAGUCCCAUAAUCAGACAUCAACCAAAAAAUUGUUAACAUGUACCACGAAAACCCUCUCUCCAACUACACAGUUCCACUUACAAUCUGCCUGUUGUUAUUUCUCUUUAUUCUUUUGUCCAUUUCCAGAAAGCUCAAAAACCACAGUGCUGCAACAAGAAAAGCACCGCCAGAAGCAAGUGGCGCAUGGCCUUUAAUUGGUCACCUCCACCUCUUAGGGGGGUCCAAACCGCCACACGUUACGUUGGGCCACAUGGCGGACAAAUACGGCCCCAUCUUCUCCUUACGCCUGGGAGCUCACAAAACGCUGGUUGUGAGCGAUUGGGAAAUGGCCAAAGAGUGCUUUACCGUCAACGACAGAACGUUCGCUAACCGUCCAAAAUCCAUGACCUUUGAAGUGUUGGGCUACAACUCCUCCAUGAUUGGGUUCAUCCCCUACGGAUCUUACUGGCGCCAGAUGCGCAAAAUCGCCACGCUUGAGCUCCUCUCUUCUCACCGCAUAGACACGCUGAAGCAUGUGAUGAAAGCCGAAGUGAAAGCAGCGAUGAGAGAGAGUUAUAAUUUGUGGUUGAAGAAGAAAAACGGCUUUUCCGAAAUGAAGAGGUGGUUUGGAAACAUAGCGUUGAACAUUAUGUUCCAAACGGUGGUAGGAAAACGUUUUGUAAGUAACGGCGGCGUGAACGAAGAGAACGAACGACUCCGAAAGGUAUUCAGGGAUUUCUUUGAUCUGGGCGGUUCAUUCGCUGUGUCUGACUGUAUGCCCUAUUUGAGAUGGUUAGAUUUGGAUGGUAUAGAGAAGAAAAUGAAGAGAACGGCGAAAGAGAUAGAUGGGUUUGCUCAGAUUUGGCUUGAAGAACACAAACGCAACCGGGAUUGUAGUUCAGGUGAACGGAAACAUAGCCAUGACCUGAUGGACGUGCUUCUUGGACUUGUUGAAAAGGGUGAAGAGUUUGAUGGUCAUGACUCUGACACCUCAAUCAAAGCUCUGUGCAUGACUUUAAUUAUGGCUGGUUCAGAUAGCACAGCAGGAACAUUGGCAUGGGCUCUGUCUUUACUUCUCAAUAAUCGUGAAAUUCUAAAAAAGGCCACUGACGAAUUAGAUGCAGAAAUUGGGAGUAAAAGGAUGGUAGAUGUUUCAGAUUUGAAGAAACUAAAGUAUCUUGAAUCUAUUAUCAAGGAAACACUACGUUUAUACCCAGCUGGACCACUUAGUCUGGUACACGAGUCCAUGGAAAAUUGCACAGUGGGUGGAUAUGAUGUAGCAUCCGGCACACGUCUUUUGACUAAUCUUUCAAAACUUCAGAGAGAUCCAUCUUUAUAUCCAAAUCCCCUUGAAUUUUGUCCAGAAAGAUUCUUAACAACACACAAGGAAGUGGACGUGAAGGGUCAACAUUUUGAGCUGAUUCCAUUCGGUGCAGGUAGAAGAAUGUGUCCUGGGAUAUCUUUCAGUCUCCAAGCGACGCAACUCACACUUGCUACCUUAUUGCAUGGGUUUGAUAUUGUAACUAUUGAUGGAGGACCUGUUGAUAUGGCUGAACAGAUUGGCUUUACCAGCAUUAGAGCUUCUCCCCUCCAAGUCAUUCUUUCUCCGCGUCUUACUUCUCAUAUUUAUGAUCAAAUCUAAACGCUAAAUGAUGUUGGAGAGUGGUAGAAUAUAAUAUGCAUGUAAGAAUAAUAAGCUUUACAAGCACAUCAUGCUAGUAAAAGUGUGAAAAGGGUUAAUUUUAGUCGUACAGAGCAUGUUGUACAAACUUAA